GCUCAGGAAAAUCGCAACGAUGCAGAAUCAAGGCUCAUUAAUCAUCUUAUGAAAAACUACCUCAAAAAAAGGCAAAUACUCCCAACAAAUAACCGCUCAAAAGCUGUGGUCGUAACCUUUGACAUGGCAUUCAGUCAGCUUGUUGAUUUGGUAAGUAGAGUUGGUUUGUAAACUCAAUCUCGGUACGAUUAAUUCAGUUUUAAUGGAGUUAGCCCGCUUAGCAUAGGUCGUGGUUAAUUGGCAGCUGAUCCUGCCCCCCUGCCGCAGUAGUAGGGCUGUUUGAGGACAAAAACAACGAUCCCUGUUGAUUCUGCGACUGUUAGGCCUUUAUUUCCCUCUCUCGAAAAUAACAAUUAAAAAAAGCCUAGUGAUUAGCUAAUUCAGCAAGUUACACAUCAGUAAACGAUACCAAAAGGAAAUCCCCUGGCUCAUUGAAAAAAUAGAUCUGGUUGAAGAGAGAUGUUCUGAGGUACUUGAAUAAGCUCUCAGUUGAAACACUUCAAUACAUAGUUGGAGCUGACUUGCUCCGUUUGGCAACCCACAUAAACUCACGCAUUUCUGACGCUUUCUAUUCACGUGCCAGGAUGAUCAGUUACGGAUAUUUUCGUAAACGGUCUCGUUUUGGGGAUACGUUUGUAAACGGAUAGAAAUCGUUCUCGUGUAAACAUCCAUAAACACACAGGUUUCCAGUGCGUUUUGAUACAAAACUCUUAAAGGGCUCGUGUCGGUAUAAUUUCAUUAAAAAUCAAUCUUGUAAAAUAGAACUUUGGUAAAAAUGGAUUAAAUAAAUAGAUUAAAUAAACUCUGGAAAGGGCAAGUAGUAUGAAACGUAACCUGAAGAGCACCUUUCCAGCCAGAUAGACAAUACAACUGAAAUAAUUGGUUCAUCCGUUAAGCAAAAGGUCUCAAUCAGCAUAUCAAUAAAACAAAUACAUAUUUAGGGUAAAUUUCGAGGCCUUUGCCAAUAAUUUAUUCACCACAGCGGUGCACAUUUUUUAACCUCUUAAUUUUAAUUUUGUCUACUUUGGGCGUAUAAUUUUACGCCCUUUUUGUGUAACUAGUUCAUAGAUAAUUAAGAUUUACAUGCUGAUAGCUAAUGAGUUGUGAAUACUGUGAAGAGAGUCGGCUACUUCUGCAUUCGUAAACAGCUAUUUCGAAGAAGCUUGUCGAAAAAAGUGCACGUGACAAUCCCGAAAGGUAUUGUGGGUGGUUUUGAGUUCACUGUUCAUCAAAGAAAUUAGAAAGAAUGCCACGAGAGGCCAUGGACGUAUGUUUGCGAGUGCGAAAGCAGAGCAACAAAAGUAGGUUCGACAGCUACAGUCGUCAGGAACAGUGUAUUGAUCAUAUCCCAUAUUACCUUGUCGCGUGCACAUUUUUUUUCGACAGCUUUUUCAAAUAGCUGUAUACGUCCGUAUGUCGUGAAUGCCGAAGGGCCGUUCUUCACGAUAUCAAAGCAAAACAGGGUUUAUUUCACAGCUUCGAUCCUCACAGUACAAUGGCUCGCUCACACACUACACAAAAUCGUGACUUUCUUGAAUCUAUAAGCUUUAGAUUUUAAUGCGAUCUGUCAUCAAGUUCUCUGUCGCUCUGACAGACGAGUGAAACUAUUAAUAACAAAAUCAAAGGAAUAAAAUCACGCCAUCUCACAAUCACGCUACACUCUUGCUUCAUAACACUCCCCCCUGUUCAUCGCGAAUAGUGAUGACUAUUCGAUUUUUCUAAUCAUAGUUGCAAUGUCUCUAAUAGAAAUGUUCAAAGAUCAGUAGUCAUCAUCAGUAAGUUCGGCAGCGUCUUUUAUCCUGGCACGUGCUGCCACAGCAGCGUCUCUUGACGGCCUGAAGACUGGUGCUUCAGCGCUGAAGGUGGCUCUCGGCGUAGCUGUUGUCCUGUCACAGGACAGCUCCAUUGGAUAAAGGUGUUGGACAGGUCUCUCCAGAUAAGAUCUUCCCGCUCGCAGUUUAGCCCCUCUGACAACUCCGUCUCGUCCAGUAAUCAGCUCUUCGACUAUUCCUAGCUUCCACAAUCCACGAUUCUUUUCUUCGCCUUUAAUGAUGACAACAUCUCCCUUAGCUAGGGCCACCUUACUUCCUUUGUGCUUUAAAUUGUGCUGCUCAGGCAAGCCUCGUAGGUAUUCUGAAGACCACCUCCCCCAUAGUACGUCUUUACAUUUCUUCAGGUACCGUGCACGCUUUCUCAGGUCUUGGUUCUCCAACUGAUGGCUCUGUGUUUCAGGCAAUAGAUUCGGGCGGCCAGACUGCAACAGGUUGGGGGUCAAUAUGGGUAAUUGAAUGUCCUCUUCAACGUAGCUCAGCGGGCGGUUAUUCAUGGUAACUUCAACGUCCAGAAGAACAUCCUGUAGCUCGCUCCAGGUAAGCAUACCGUUUCCCACUGUCUUGUUAAAGGCUCUUUUGAAAAGACCAACCAUCCUCUCAAAUUGACCUCCCCACCAGGGUGCUCUGGACAGGUUGAACUGCCACUUGACGUCGACUUUGGCUAGGAAGUUAUGCAGGCGCUCAUCUUUCAUCACGUUUCUCAGCCAGUUCGCUGUUGCCACGAACGAUUUACCGUUAUCGGAAUAGAUUUUCUCUGGACGGCCCUUUCUGGCGAUCAGGCGCUUAAGGUUGCUGAUGAACUCGUUAGUCUCCAAGGUUUUGGUAAGCUCUAGGUAAAGUGCUCGUGUCAGGCUACAGGCUUACAGGACAAUAUAGGCUUUCCCUUCUCUGUUUUUGCUUGUGCGGUACUUGAUGGGACCGGCGUAGUCAACACCAACUACUUGAAAUGGUGAAUUUCCUUCAGUGCGGUCACGAGGUAAAUUUCCUUGAGGUGGAUUGGCGAACGCAGCGAUCUGAAACCGUUUGCAUCCGUAACAUUGCUUGAUUACUCGUUUAACAAGCUUGCUCAACCUUGGUAUCCAAUGAGACUCUCGCACUUUGGCCAUGGUUAGUCCUACUCCCCCAUGAAGAGUAAUCUCAUGAGCGUGUUGUACGAACUUCAGGGUGUAGAGAGCAGUAUCAGGGAGAUAGACAGGAUAGUUUCCCUGGAUUCUUCUACGGCACUCGAGAACCUCCUUUCGGUUUGGCUGCAGGUUAAGUCUUAACUGGUCUUCCUGGAAUUGAUCAGAUCCCUUCCACUGUUUUUGAGUCUUCUUCUCCCAGAACAACCUCUGCUUGUUAAUUUCCUCGGUAGUCAAUGGACCUUUGAUUCUCUGAUUUCUUGGGGAUUUGCUGUUGCGCAGGAAUCGUACGGCCCACGCCCCCACUCUCAAUGUGCGCCAAAGGGAUGAUCUUAGUAACAGUUCGUCUAUACCAUCGUUGCUUUUUACUGCUAAGGCAAAAAUCUACUUGGAGGCUUUCGCUUCUGCGUUAGAUUCUGGGCUUGCAACCGUUAUGAUGUCCGGCGGCCAGCUGUCUUGUUCCUUCAACCAUGUCGGACCAUUCCACCACAACGAGUUAUCUUCCUUUAUUAGUCCUCCUCUACUUGCUAAGUCUGAAGGGUUUUCUUGGCUCGGUACAUGCCUCCAUGUGAUUUCAGUUUUCUCUCUGAUCUUGCGGACGCGGUUGCUGACAAACUGCUUAUAUUCCCCGGAGCCCAUUAUCCAGUGUAGGGCGACACUACUGUCUAGCCAUGCGUACAAGGACUUAACUGGAAACCCCAUCAGCGCAUCUCGUACAUUAGUUAGCAAGUAAGCCGCCAUAUGACCAGCCACUAACUCAAGUCUGGGGAUAGUGGGACCUUCUUUGGCGAGGCGUCCCUUCGCUGCGACGAGUCCCUGCGUCAUCACUGAAUGUUGCUGGACCACAGCAUAAACAGCUGCUGCUAAUCCCUGUCCACUUGCAUCGCCAAAGGCAUGAAGAGUAACUUCACGGAUUUCUUCUUCGGCUACAGCUAAGGACCUGGGCACUUCAACUUGAUCAGGCAGGUUAUUUUCCCACUUGCUCCACUUCUUUGCGAUUUGUAAUGGAAUCUCUGCGUCCCACGCGGUCUUUUCCUUGCAUAUAUCGCGAUAAACAAUCUUUCCUUGUAGGGUUACAGGCGCAGCAAGACCGAUGGGGUCGUAGAUCUUCGCAAUUUUGCAAAGUACACGUCUUUUGGUAGGGUCAGCAAUCUCUGUAGGGAAGGUUACAGCUAUUUUGUCAUCUUCUUUAUUCCAUCGCAAUCCCAGAAGGCCGCACGCGCCUGGUUUCUCUCCUAGCUGUUCUUUAGCGUAAGUAAGCCCAACUGCACUGUCAGUUACUUCGGUUAAUUCUAGCUCUCUAGCGUUUGAGUUCCAUUUGUGUAAAGUGAAGGUGGCCUUUGCAAAUAUUACUGUUGCAGUCUUCUUAACUUGUUGCGCCUUUUCAACUGUAGGACCGCCUGUCAGUAGGUCAUCCACGUACAAUCCCCUCUCAGUCUCUGGUACUGUCUCAGGAUAAUCCGGCUUACAAAUUUCGAGGUGGUGCUGAAUGACGCCCCCAAGAAGAAAGGGUGAUGGGCCCAGACCAAACAAGGCACGCGUAAAACGCAGCGUACGUACUUUCUCGGGAUUCUCUCUGUCAAUCCAAUGAAAUCUCAAGGCGUCUCUGUCUUCUUCACGGAUGCGCACUUGAAGAAACGCCUUUCUAAUGUCUCCUGCUAUUGCUACUGCAUGAAAUCUUCCACGGACCAGCACUCUCCAAAUCUGGUUUUGUAAGGGCGGUCCUGUCUCUAGACACUCGUUAAGGGAAGGAGCUAUAUCCUUGGCUCUAGCAGAGGCAUCGUAAACAAUACGCAUCUUCGUGGUUGCUGCAUUCUCUCUAAUUACAGCCUUAUGGGGAAUAAAAAAUUCUUUUCCUUUAGCGGGAAUUUCUACUUCCUCUACAACCCCCUCUUCAAGCUGCUCACGGAUUAUGGCGUCAUACUCUUCUAACCUGCCGUUUCGUUUAAGUCGAAGUAAAAGGGUUGCAAGGCGUUUGAGGCUACCCAACUUAUUGUCUGGCAAGGGGGGAUGGUUUCCUUUCCAUGGGAGAGCUGUUUCGUACCACCCCUCUGGACUGCGUUUUAGUUGUUCAUGGAACUCCUGGUGCACGACUCUCUGGUCACCAAUGGGCGUGUUUUCCAACCCAGGGACAUCCAAGCGGCACAAUUCUUCAUAGUCGGCGGCUGAUGUCUGUGUGAGGAACAUGUUUUCAAUAUCCACCUCAGCACCAGAAAACAUUAUUGUCCAGCCGAACCUGGUUUCUUCAGCAAUGGGCUCUCCAAUUUCUCCUACACGUUGAUAACCAGCCAUCUUGAUUAUUGUGUACUCAUUAGCGCCAAGUAUAACAUGGAUGGGGACAAUUUUCUUAGUGUCAGUUUCUUCCAUUUGCACUCCCUUAAGAUGUGAAUAAAGUUUCAGCAUUUCUGGAUAGUUAGGGUUCUCUAGCGAUAAAAGUUCUCGUUGUUCAAUCUUCGUAGCGCAGACUGGCAGCGAAAACCUUCCUUGAGUGUCACUGAUGUUAGCAUCAUAAGUCUCAAUGCGCUUGGUAACCAGGCCCAUGAUCGUCUUGAUACCGCGCGUAAGGGUCAGAGCUGGUUUAGCUUUCAAAAGAUCCACCAACAAAGCUGAAAUGUAGGGUUCCAGUAGCGCCAGUAUCUAGCAAUGCGCGGCAUUUGACUCCGUUGACUUUAACAACGACGACUGGAUGGCAAACUUUCUCCCCCACGUGUGCGGCUGUCAUUGCUGUCCCCUCACUUGAUAGUUGGCUAUUUCGGUCGCAGAUUGAGGUGUGGUGCCUCUGCUUGCAAUUCGCGCAGUUUCCUCUGCUCCGACAUUUGGUUACUCUAUGUGGCCCAGUACAAUUGNAAAUUCUUUUCCUUUAGCGGGAAUUUCUACUUCCUCUACAACCCCCUCUUCAAGCUGCUCACGGAUUAUGGCGUCAUACUCUUCUAACCUGCCGUUUCGUUUAAGUCGAAGUAAAAGGGUUGCAAGGCGUUUGAGGCUACCCAACUUAUUGUCUGGCAAGGGGGGAUGGUUUCCUUUCCAUGGGAGAGCUGUUUCGUACCACCCCUCUGGACUGCGUUUUAGUUGUUCAUGGAACUCCUGGUGCACGACUCUCUGGUCACCAAUGGGCGUGUUUUCCAACCCAGGGACAUCCAAGCGGCACAAUUCUUCAUAGUCGGCGGCUGAUGUCUGUGUGAGGAACAUGUUUUCAAUAUCCACCUCAGCACCAGAAAACAUUAUUGUCCAGCCGAACCUGGUUUCUUCAGCAAUGGGCUCUCCAAUUUCUCCUACACGUUGAUAACCAGCCAUCUUGAUUAUUGUGUACUCAUUAGCGCCAAGUAUAACAUGGAUGGGGACAAUUUUCUUAGUGUCAGUUUCUUCCAUUUGCACUCCCUUAAGAUGUGAAUAAAGUUUCAGCAUUUCUGGAUAGUUAGGGUUCUCUAGCGAUAAAAGUUCUCGUUGUUCAAUCUUCGUAGCGCAGACUGGCAGCGAAAACCUUCCUUGAGUGUCACUGAUGUUAGCAUCAUAAGUCUCAAUGCGCUUGGUAACCAGGCCCAUGAUCGUCUUGAUACCGCGCGUAAGGGUCAGAGCUGGUUUAGCUUUCAAAAGAUCCACCAACAAAGCUGAAAUGUAGGGUUCCAGUAGCGCCAGUAUCUAGCAAUGCGCGGCAUUUGACUCCGUUGACUUUAACAACGACGACUGGAUGGCAAACUUUCUCCCCCACGUGUGCGGCUGUCAUUGCUGUCCCCUCACUUGAUAGUUGGCUAUUUCGGUCGCAGAUUGAGGUGUGGUGCCUCUGCUUGCAAUUCGCGCAGUUUCCUCUGCUCCGACAUUUGGUUACUCUAUGUGGCCCAGUACAAUUGAAGCACAGCCUUUUCUCCUGCAGACAUUUCCUACGAUCUUCAACGCUAGUAAUGGCGGUACAAUCUUUAGCUUUGUAAGAUACUCCACGGCAGUAAACACAACCACGUGUCGCAUUUCCGUUGCGUUCCUCCACAUGAAAACUUCUUAAGGUAUCGCGUGACUUCACAUUUUCUCGGAGAUGGAUUUCCUUCCAUUCACGAAGCGCGUUAAGCAAUUGCGUGAAAUUCCACGACUGCCAUUCUGGGUGACCCUGUACUAAUUCAGCUUUAAUUCCAGGCAAUUUAUUCAAAAUACCACGCACCAAUGCCACGCAUUCGGAGGUUUUUCCUAAUGUUUCGAGCGACUGAACAUUGUAGAGCAAAGCUUCAUAGAAGUCGUGUACUUUGGCCGGUUGAGUUCCGGAAAUGAAUGGAAGCGCAAGAGUGUUUUCAAUAUAUGCGUUCACGAUCUCGCUCAUCUUCCCAUAAUUACUCUUCAAAAUACUUUUUUCGCGCUCAUAUCCUUCUGUAGUGAAGGGAAGGCCAUCUAUUCCUUUACGAACGCGUGGCUCUACUAGCUCCUUGAGAUAGGCAAAUUUCGUGACUGCUGGUAAAUCGGUGCUAUCAAUUUCUGCUUCAAAUUUGUUCCAAAACGACAACCAAUUUUCAAGAGCCCCAUUGUAUUUGGCAAUCACGAGCUUUGGUAAUUUCACGCUAUGUUUAUGCGGCAAAUCUGUCGUUGAGUUUUGGGCUUUGGAGAAUUCUGCCUUUUGUUCCAGCUGAAGCCGCUCAAACUUUAGCUGCUCCUCACGUUCUCGAGCUAAAUGAUAUUCCUUGGUUUCCCGUUUUUCGUUUUCAGAACGAGUGAUUAUUUCUUUGAGACGAGCCUCUAAGAAAUUUGUCAUUGUCCACAAUGUCAAUCUUACCUUCGGUUUCCUCUCCCCACUCUUUUACUUCGUCCACAGUUUCUCCCUUUUCCAGUUUUUCUUGCUCUAUAUCUCUCUUUAACUCCUCAACACCAGCUACUAUAGUCUGCAAGGCUUCUUUGUGUCGACGAAUCUUUUCCAAGUUAUCGCUAACAGCAACAUCCUUAGUUUUUCCUCUGGUUAGUUCAAGCAACUGUAGCUUUACGCUAAGCUUGGCCUCCAUCUUCUAUAUUCUAUUUUUCUCAGCGUCCCGUUACAAUGGCUCGCUCACACACUACACAAAAUCGUGACUUUCUUGAAUCUAUAAGCUUUAGAUUUUAAUGCGAUCUGUCAUCAAGUUCUCUGUCGCUCUGACAGACGAGUGAAACUAUUAAUAACAANAUUCUGCCUUUUGUUCCAGCUGAAGCCGCUCAAACUUUAGCUGCUCCUCACGUUCUCGAGCUAAAUGAUAUUCCUUGGUUUCCCGUUUUUCGUUUUCAGAACGAGUGAUUAUUUCUUUGAGACGAGCCUCUAAGAAAUUUGUCAUUGUCCACAAUGUCAAUCUUACCUUCGGUUUCCUCUCCCCACUCUUUUACUUCGUCCACAGUUUCUCCCUUUUCCAGUUUUUCUUGCUCUAUAUCUCUCUUUAACUCCUCAACACCAGCUACUAUAGUCUGCAAGGCUUCUUUGUGUCGACGAAUCUUUUCCAAGUUAUCGCUAACAGCAACAUCCUUAGUUUUUCCUCUGGUUAGUUCAAGCAACUGUAGCUUUACGCUAAGCUUGGCCUCCAUCUUCUAUAUUCUAUUUUUCUCAGCGUCCCGUUACAAUGGCUCGCUCACACACUACACAAAAUCGUGACUUUCUUGAAUCUAUAAGCUUUAGAUUUUAAUGCGAUCUGUCAUCAAGUUCUCUGUCGCUCUGACAGACGAGUGAAACUAUUAAUAACAAAAUCAAAGGAAUAAAAUCACGCCAUCUCACAAUCACGCUACACUCUUGCUUCAUAACACGUACAAUAGACCGGUUGUACUCUAUCUUAGAGGCCUGUUUUGAUGUUUACUUCAUUUAAGCCGAAUUUCGUUCUUAAGAGAAGGCAAAACCGGCUUUGAAAAUGCUUGUGUAAGCAUUUAUGUUGUAAGCGAGUGGGCUUUCAUUUAUGGAAGGGGGGUCUAUAAAUUCAGAAGAUAUGUCUGCAAAAUAUUCCCUAGAGCCAGCUGGCCUUUCUUCUGUAGUGAGCAAAAAAUAUACUGUUGUUAGCUCCCCGCCCUCCCGCACAGGUCAUGUCCUAAUAAAUGAGAUCAAAUGAAAUCACUCUAAUCGAAUGAACCAUAUGUUUCUGAUGUUCAGUAGAGUCAAACAGCUCCAAGAUUAGAAAGCCGCAUCCUUCGCAACUACUUUUACCUCAACGAUACAUUUAGAAUGAUUAUUUUUCUUUCUUUUUACGAUUUACUUAGCUGACCCUAGAUAAGUCAGGAAAUACGUAGGCCUUUGUAUUGUCUAGAGAUUUCUUUUUCGUAACCUUGUUUGUGUACACCACCGUCCUACUGUGUAACAGAGAUAAGGUUCUUAUCAACUGAAUCUUCUCCGUCCAUCAAAGAAAAACGAACUUGGCCAGUAUCCAGGUAUCUUGACCUCACGCAUGGAAAAUCGCGUGAUGUUUUAGAUCGUUAAGGAAUAAUAAGUCACACGAUCACGAUCUGGAAUGUGCAUUUGGCUGGUCACGCGAUUUUUUAUGAUUUAUAAAGUACUUUUCAGUUAAAUUACCAGAACCUUGAACUUGUGUUCAGCAAUCAACGUGACUGGAAUUCCUGCAUUAAUCUCAAGUGUUGUUGUUUUCGUAAAACUUUUAUUUACGUUACUCGGACCGAGUCGUUCGAGUAACCUUGGGUUAAAUACAAACACAGCAUAUGUGUUGUCGUUGUAACAAACCCUGGGCUUGCGCAAAAUAAAAGACUUAAUAACGUGGUGGCGGGUGUUACGUAAUAACCCCUACAGAUUUGAUCAAGGUUACUGAAAUCUUUGGAAUUACCCGAGUGUACCGAUAUUCAAGCGACUGUGGAUCAAUUAAUAUGAUUCUUUAGCCUAGUUCAUUUCAACUUUAGUCCCUCGGUUUGGAAACUUUUCGGAAAGUCUAAUAUGAGCGCUCGGCUAGCCGUGCUGAACCGCUUUACCAUGUUGUCUCGACUCAUACCUUCUUUCCUCAUAAAAUUAUCAGUGUGUUUAUGCAAGAGGGUGGGCUGGCCCGCUGCCGAGACCUCGGAUGCUCAAACUGCAAAACUGCAAGCGGGCCAUCCUGCCUUCUCAUAUUAACAAGGCAAUGUUAUGAGGAAAUACGGCAUGAGCCGAACCGCCCGGCUAAUUGGGAUAGCUUAUCUCAAAUAAACGGGACCUAAACUGGAUCUCUCAAUUUUUGAUUGUUAGAGGAUCAUAAAUAUGUAACCCUCUCUUAGGGCCUGUUUACAUGCAGGUGGGGUGCCCCAGAUGGGUGAGGUAACAUGUGGAGGGUCACCCCAACCUAUAACAUGUAAUCGUGAUCAAAUUGAAAUGAGAGAUUAUGUGGACUGGCGGGUUACCCCACCUAAGCGGGUUACCUCACCUACCUGGGGUACCCCACCUUCAUGUGAACAGGACCUUCAUGCUCAUUGAAAUUCUGGUGUAGUUAAAAAAGCAUGCAGUUAUGAUUAUUUAUCAGCCUUGACUGUCCCAUAUGUUAUGUUUGUGGGCGCUUGUGUUGCCCAUUCUAAAGUUAGAAACUUCAAACAAGCGACUAUCAAAUACUUAAUGCCAAACGUUUAACUGUAUUCCUUUUUUUCUAAUUAAUCGUUUUUUUUUCGUUGCAGGAUAGCAAAGACCAAAUAAUGACCUGUAAUAUUUGGGUUAGGCAGGUAUUUUUGCAUUAAUUGUGUCUAAAUCUGAUCCAGAGAGAAGACAUAAAAACGUUACCCAUUUCCUUUUGUGAAGCAAGGAGACUAAGUCCUUGAUUUCAUGUUUCAGAGAGAUAUAGUGACUUAGAAUGUGUAAAGUUUUGAAUUUUUACAGUUUUUGGUUUCUCUGAAUGUUACCUUCCCAGCAGUUUUUAAAAAUCAGGUUGAAUAACAUGAUUGUAUUCUAAAACGUACUUUUUUUGUCGUUCAUUAGUUUUGGACCAACCACCGACUAUCGUGGGACCCUGCUGAGUUCGAGGAAAUCACUGUCAUCAACGUCAGUCCUAAGAUUGUUUGGAAGCCUGAUAUUCUUCUUUUUAACAAGUAAGACUUUUAGAUCGAACCUCAUUCUUCAAGUAUGAAAUACAAUAUUUAUCACUUGAGUAUUCCAAUCAACUUCGUUGUCUUGCAUAACUUAUGAAGUGGUUUAUGACAAUCGUCAGUGCUGUGGAAUCAACCUCAGUCCUAGGAUUGUGUGGAAGCCUGAUUUUCAUCUUUAUAACAAGUAAGACUUUUAGUUCCAACCCCAUACUUCAAGCAUGAAAUAUAAAAUACAUCAUAUGAAUAUUCGAAUCAGCUCUUGUUGUCUUACAUCGCUUAUGAAGUGGUUUAUGUUUUGCUUUAUUGUUUCAUUAUCAUUUUGAAAUUUACAUUAAAUAUAUACACAGAAUUAAGAAAGAUGAGGCAAGCGAGCCCAUGGAAGCCAAUAAGGCUUAUGAAAGGGAUCACCUUUAAAAUAUAUGACUUAAUUACUUAAAUAAAAUAUUUGCAUAAGCAAGACAAUCUUACUAAACACAUGUUAUUUCUUUACAACAUAGAAAAUAAUCAUUAAAUAGGAUAAGAAUAGAUAAGGCGGAACGAACAAAGGCAAAAAGAAAAAGAAAAAGUGAAAAAAAUGCAAAUAUACGAGAAAAAAAGCGAAAGAAGCGAAAAAGUACACGCAAGCAUUAAGAGAAGUAAACUAUGCUUAUACCAAGAAAAAUGACUUUACUUCAAUAUUAGAGGAAUUCUGAAUUCCAGAGCCAAGGAAAUUAAAUAUUUUGGGCCCUUGAAAACGAAGUGAAAAUUUACAGUACGUCACAGUUAAAUAAAAACAUGCCAUUGAAACUAUCAGGAAGAAGGUUGAUGGUUUAUACCAAAUCCCAAAACAUUACUUAGCACAUUACCUUCAGAUAGAUAUUAGUCUAUUUGAAACAUAAAAAAACUGUUGUGUAUUUCAAUCAUUCAUGCUAAAGUACCAAAUAUAAUCAUUCAGGGGCACCCAAUAGAUCUGCUCCUCAAAAUAUCUCUUCAAGCAAAUUUUUGCGGGCUGGGAGAUUUGGGAGGAAUAAUAUGUCCUUGGAAGGAAAGUGUUGCUGGGAAAAAGUCAAUUCAGGGUGUCUGAGGGGAUUUGAUAUCUAGAAUUGCGUCAUCUUCCAUCAGUCUUGCUGGGAGUGAGGAACAGAUAAAUUUUUCCCAGCAAUCUUCCAAAAUGCUUAAAAUGGCUUUAAAAAGCUUUAUUCAUGCUUUGUUGUUGUUUUUAGGUCUUUUUCUCAAAGUUUCCCGUUGGGUGCCCCUGAUCAUUUCUCAGACGUCCUGCUAGCAAAGCGAAAUGUUUCCAUUUCGUCUUCAUAAACAAGAUGGGCGAAAUAUUUUAUUAAUAGUUUCAGUCAAUUUAAGAUAACCAACUGGGAAGACAUGAGAUUAUCAUGACCAAUAAAUAAAAGGCGUACAUCUUUCCUCAAAGCUAUGUUUUCCUUGCUCUAAUAAAAAAGAGAAAGACUGUGUGUGAAGUUUUAAAAACAUUUAGCGCAGGUGAGUGUUUUAAGACUGGAUAAAACCACAAAUUGUGAGUUUAUCGACAGGCUUUAAAAUCUUUCAUGUAAACUUGUUCUUUCUUCCUCUAAUCUUCAAGGUUUAUUCUGUUUCAGCAAAUGAAGUGGAGCUAAAACCUUCGAUGAAAGCUCAAUUGCUUGUGAAUUUUCUUCGGCAGAGUAAAUAAUUAAUGUAUUUUCGAACCAGGGAACUAAAACAUGUUCUGAAAAUACUAACCACAGAUUUUGGAUAGUGUUAUUCAAAAAUUACAUCAUUGAAAAAGGGUAGAAGACAUCGACGAGUGGAAUAUGAGUCUAAUGUUGCAAAAAUUCGAGGUUUCCUCAUAAAAAGGUCUUUUUAAACUUUCUUAAUAUGGUAUCUUCACCACCCGCCUUUCAGUUUCAGAGUCUCUUACGAUAAAAAAAAACUUCGUUAUAGACACAGAAUAGGGCUAGCUAGACAUUCGGCAAAUGUGAUUAUUAACCCAGAAUUUUAUGCUCCGGUAAUAUUUCGCGAUUUAUACGAAAACAGUACAACUGGUUUUCAGCCCGUCUCCUCUUAAAGCGCCAAAACAAUAUAGAAAUAAUGAAAAUGAUCGAGACUUUUCCUUCUGCAACUGGUUAUUCCUAGCCGUGGGCUGCAUCCGUUGUUGAUCUUCAAUUACCGUAAAGCUCAUCAAGGUUUUGGGAUUUUCCCUAUGCAGUGCACUGACUGUAAAGCGGUGACGUCAUUGCAUAUUUCGCAUUUAUGUAGCGAAAAUUACUGCUAGUUUAUACACCGAUAGAUUUGCGCUCUUUUUGACCAUUUCUGGACACAGACAAUAACUCCUAUAUUUUAUUAGUCUUGCAGGAUAAGUGAAACUAUUAAAGGUGUUACAUUUCUCCCUAGCUCAGAUUUUUUUGUAUGACAAAAUCACGAACUCUUUUAAUUAGUACUGACUGCUUGCAUCCAAAUGGGUUUAUCAAAAGCUUAAAUAGCUGUAAUUUUCUACCAAUACCGGCUAAUACCCCUCAUAAAAGUGUUGUUCAAAUUUGUCAGGACACAACCAGUUAAAAAGCAUUACUCACAAAUGAACUUUAACCAGCUAAACGGAUCUUUUUUCCCUCCAUCAUUGUUUUCAACUAACUCAUUUUUACCGGUCGUUUUCCUAUGUCGCAAUCAAUAAACUAAAACUUCUUCAAAGAACAAUACAGCUGCGCCCGGUUUAGGUCUGCGGGCGCACAGUAACCAGGCAAUUGUUAUCGUUCAUUUUUGAGGUUGAGCGUAAGACUGGGACGAUGUUGUGUCGAAUUGCACCAUGGGACUGCCCUGGUUUUUCAUUGGCUGUUGCAAUGUCGCGCAGGAAACUGGGGAAAAUUUCAUCCGCAAAGAUAGUCCCAUAGAGCCUUUCGAGCACAACACUGAGCCACGCAACUUGACUGAAAUGACUCAUUAUCGCGGACAUAAUCUAGCCUAAACCAGCAGAAGACUAUAUGUGUUAAACUGUCAACACAAGCGAACUGUCGAGUGAUCAGUUUUAUUCACAUUUAUUCAUGUUUUAUGGCGUUGGUAUUACACAGGGGUGUUAUUUGCACACUUUCUCAAGGACUGAAGUAAUAAAUAAAGGUGUAUUAUUGAACUGAAUGAAUGCUAGGUGCAUACAAGACAGCUUUGGCGAAAGUAAGUGCUUUUGGAGUACUCACAUGCACUAAAAAAAAUAUAUUUGAGUCACUCUUUUGAAAAUUCAAAUAUUGGUAAAAAACGUUGCAAUGAUGAUUAUAUUCCGGGCUUUUUCGUCAACAUUAAUUCCCUUUUUUCCAUUCAAUUUCUUUUCUGCCGUGCCCGAAUUCGGCCUUAAACAAAAAAGGCCAAGAAUUCCUAUCUCACCUUAUUUAAUAUCAUAACUUUUUUGAAAACAAAUAUUUAUUACAUAGUCGCCAAAUUGGAUUUUUCUUAAGGAGUUAGUCCAUGACAUUUUGCUUCAUUUUUCAAAUAGUAAUGGCGCUCCUUAAGCGAUUUGGACAGCUGUUAUUUUCGUUAGUUCUAUUUAGGAACAAAUGGAACAAAUAACACAGUGGAUUUUCAGAUGUGCAAAGUGAACAGCAAAAAUGCAUUCUUUGGUUCAUCGCUACUUUCUUUCCGUUCCUACUUUUGAUUUAAUUUGGUUUAUCCCAUUUGAGGAAAUUACUUCAGAGAACCGACAAUGAAAGCAAUACCUACCCCUACAACUCCAAUGUUGAUACCGUCAACUUAGCAACAUUUUGUAGUGGAAGUGGAGAAGAAAAAGCCAUUAAUUGUACCUAUUAAGGAGUAAGAAAUUAUGGAAUUAAGUCUAGAAAUCACUUGUUUUGGCAUUCACUGCAUUACAACAUCUAAACGUCUACUUGAAAUAACACUUCAAGAUGCCUGGAAAGUUCAAGUGGUCCAAAUUUCCCGUCAGAAUAGACUUGUGACAAAACUUUUGCUCGGAAUACGGUCAAAGGAACACAAUAUUGGAGAUGUCCUUUAGGACAAAGUGUCUCUCCUCAUUAUAACAUCGAUUAUUGUUAAUUUUGGUUUAUUUCUUGACUCAUUUCGUUUUUUUCUAAUUCUAAAAUUGUCCACCUGGCCUUAUUUUAGAGAUGGAUGCCCAACAACUAUUAUCCUACAAUAGAGUCUUUAUCUAGCGAAGAAACCUUAAAGAUGUGGUUUGAUUUAUCCGUGGUCAACUCUAUCUAACUUUUGACCUAGGCCACGUGAAUCUACGUUCUGCGAACGCCGUCUUCUGAGCGCAUGCUGGGGGAAUAUAAGUCCCUGUUGAGCGAUUAGAAUGUUGCAACGCAAUUACUUACGGCUGUAAGGACUGUUAAAAAAAAUCGUUCAAGAAAAAAUUAGAUUAACGCUAUGCAUGUCCGUUAUUUCAUGACCGUGCAUCAAAGCUACCGUCUUGUAGUUUUUCUUUCUUUUUCUUCCUUUUUCGUGUAUUAAAAAAAAUGCGUGAAAUGCAUACAUGGACGUACGCAAAAGUUCUUACGAGAACUUUAAAUUAACAUAUCGUUUGAGCCUUCGCCGAUACGAUGCAAUUGAGCAAUUCUUAUAUACCCCACAAUUGUAACAAUAGAUUGCCGGAAAAAGUAACGCGGAUCAUAAAAAUCAUGUACAUGUCCACAACGAGAGAGUUAAAACCGAAAUCGAAGUCUUCUCAGUGAACGUCACGUCUUGGUCUUGGAUUUGAUAAGAAGAUAAGUUUUGGAUCACAGCAAGUUAAAAAAGAGUCUCGCUGUCUCCCCAAGUAUCGGAUUUUUAAUUAAAGCUUAUGUAAGCUUAGAACGCCUACUCUGCAAAUAAUACUCGCAUGACGUAGUUGUAUCGAGAAAUAAUAACUUCCAAUUUUAAAAAAGUCAAAAAGUGUGUAACUAGCUAAAAGUGCUAUUGUAUAUCGUAAAUAUUAAUAUUUAUAAAAUUUUAAAUUAGUUUAACACUUGUAUAGGAUAGUUUACCGAAAUUUCCCAUGAUAGAAGCGGUUAGUAAAAUAAACAUUUUAAAAUAAAUUACAGGGUAUAUCUUACUGGAUAAGACGGGUUUGACCUUCGCUUAGAGCUUCCAAGUGCUGAAUAAACUGAAGUUUAGGAGAGAGAUUGUUAUUUCGACGCCAGCUUAGGAACAGGAAGUCUUAAAAUGGGCUGUUUUAGUGCCCCGGAAUUUUGCCCUGAAGGAGUAACGGUGCUGAACUCAGUGGGAGCGAAGAGGACAGGGUCACAAUAUUGAUCAGUAUGUGUGAUUAACAAUUACAUAUUGAAAAUCGCCCAAAUGAUAUCCAAAGUUCAAAGGCGCUUACCAUUUACACAAACCAUCCGGGUGGAAAUGUUGUGCAUAUAUAAACCGUUAAUCUGUAAAAUUUGAUGUGGUGGUAGAACGACUCGGUAUAAAGUGUAUCCAAAGCAGAUGAAUAGGCUUAAAAGACUAGAAAAACUGCAUCGCCUUAAAUUACAGCCCAUGCCAUGUCUUGUGAAGCUCCCCAAACAGAAUUGCACGAAACUGAAAACACGUAGUUUUCAUGAGAGUGUACUGACGACACUGGACAGGCUAAGUUUGGGUUUGAUGCGGUCCAUCUCGAUACCAGUUAACCCUUUAAGCCCCAAUAUCCACAAACAAAUUCUCCAAACUGAUCUCUAUACAUUUCUUUAAAGAAUAAGUUGAGAGAAUUUGAGAAAAGAUCAAAGCAUUUUCUCUUUGGUGAUCAUUUAAUUAAUUCUCAUAACCUAAUCUCUUGAUAUUGUAUGGAUAUCGUUAGGAGAAAUUAUGGCUUUCUUGAGUGAACAAUUUUGUGAGCAAUAUUGCAGCCCAUGUUGUGGCAUCUGUCCAAGCCUUAAACUAUAAAUGGCGUUUCACAUCUUACAUUUCAUAAGUACUUGCGUUUGUUCAAGCCUUCGCUCCUUUGAAAAUCCACAGGAUGCCCAGAGUCUUGCAACUUUGAAAUACUGGGUGCCCGGUUAGAGGUGCGGUGCACGGUUAGAGGGCAGCUCUGGUGUUAAUUUUGAUUUAUAGCUGAUGAAUGCUAGUAGUGGCCAAACGGAAUAUUGUACUUAACUACUCUUUAUUCUCUUCGCUAUAUUUUGUCUAACAGUUUCGCGUUAUUUCAGCAUAAACGGCGUCGGGAGAGAAAUGUACAACUUUGACACCAAGGUAAUCCUACAUCACGAUGGCCGAAACGAGUGGUUCGCGCCAACAGAAAUCAAGUCCAUCUGCAAGAUCGACAUAACAUUCUUCCCUUUUGAUGAACAAACGUGCUUUUUAACUUUUGGCUCUUGGACCUACAACAGUCAACACUUGGAUCUUGCGCUUAAGAACAACACUGCUGACCUGCAAAAGUACACCCGUAAUGGCCAAUGGACCUUAGUCUCCGUAAACGCCACGAAAAAUACAGUUAAGUACAGUUGUUGCCAGCAUCCUUUCGUCCACAUAACAUUUACCGUACACAUUCGUCGUCGGCCUUUGUUUUACGUUCAAAACUUGAUUCUACCUUGUAUAUUACUGGCUACUCUGUCAGUGUUUUCGUUCUCUCUGCCGCCUGGUUCUGGGGAGAGAAUUGCUUUGGUCAUCACGUUACUUCUUGGACUUACCGUUUAUAUGUUGAUUUUCACUGAGAACACUCCUCAAACAUCAGAGGUCACACCUUUGAUAAGCAAAUUCUUCAUCGCCAUUUUGUUUGAAGUAGCCGUCUGCCUGAUCGGAACAUCGGUCACCCUUCGAUUUUAUUUCAGUGACCCGGAAGAAGAAAUUCCCGCUUGGGUUGAUUUCUUUGUAUUUGGCUGUCUUGCAAGGGUGUUGCGAAUGAAACUGAACGUCAAGUCAUCCGAAAAUCGAGAAACUAUCAGAUCGAAACGCCGGUCCAAGGGUUCGACGUUUUUAAAUAAAUUAUUAAUCUGCAAAGGAGGUGGACAUACUUCGUUGAGCGGCAGCCAGAUGGAGGUAAAAAAGUGCUGUGAAUUGAGGAAUCCUUUGGAUAAACGACUGGAAGAAAUUACCCACAAAAUUAGCGAUAUCUAUGGAAGGGUUGUCGAACAGGAGAACAUGGCAGGGAACAAGGACAAGUGGCAUUUUGCUGCGUCUGUUAUUGACCGGUUUUUCCUCAUCCUAUCGGGUGUGACAAUUUGUCUCUCUGUUAUCACUUUUUAUUUUAUGAUUCCAAGAUACUAA